GCCAGCCUUCAAACUGACUACGUUCUAUAAAGAGGGAAGUGCUCUGCAAAGCACCACUGGACAUGACUGAGUAUGUGAUAACCCACUCGAACCUGAAAUAUGAUCAGCCUAGAAGGCAAAAACCUGGAGACCAAGUCAGACGGGAGGAAAUGAGAAGUUACUGUGAGAACCUGCUUGAACAGCAGAGCAGCACAACAGCUCAGCUGACAGAGCGCAGAGGGGCUCGGGGCAGCCCACACCCACGGAGGAACAAUAAAGAUCCUUCAGCUACUCCUCUUCGAUGGAAGCUUGCCACCAUUGUUCUUGGGAUUCUCUGCCUGAUGCUAAUGAUAGCAGCAGGAGUUUUGGGUUACAAUGAGGUUCAGCUGGGCAGAGAGCAGGACAGCCUUGUGAAGCAAGUGGAGCAUCUCACCUCUGAGCUGAUGUCCUGCCAAACACCUAUCCUGCCUGUAACUACAAUGGAGAAGCCCAAGGACACAGGGGAGAAGUGUCCAGGGCUGUGGACUGCCCGCCAGGACAGGUCCUACCUGUUUUCUCCUGAAAAAGGAACUUGGGAGCAGUGUAAUUCCUCCUGCAUUUCUCAAUCUGCCUUGCUGCUCAUGAUAGAGAGUAAAGAAGAGCAGGGCUUCAUAACUGCAAGGUCUUUUGAAUAUGCUGAAGAUCGUGGAAGCAGUGCAUACUACUACCCGUUCUGGAUUGGAUUGUCGUUUGACUCCAAAAAGAGGAUGUGGGUCUGGACGGAUGAUUCAGCUCUCUCCUCUGGCCUGUUUGUGCUCUCAGACCCCAGUCCUCAUAAUUACGAUGGUGGAGCUUGUGCAUAUUUGCAAGGUGAUAAAGUGAAACCUGGAGGCUGUGGAGAAACUCGUUUCUGCAUUUGUGAGAAGAAGAAGAAAGCACAAGGAAAAAAAUAAACUUGAUUGACC